AUGUUGUUGUUGUUGUUGUUGUUGAGGAGAAGAGAAGGUUGAAGGUCGGAGGUUGGAAGUGUGUUUGUUGGUAUUUGUUUGCUGAUGUUGCACAAGGCUGAUCGUCCAGAGCCAAAAAGAAACACCCUCUCUCUUCUUGAUGAAAAGCCUCGUCUCCAAAAACAAAGUGAAUCAAAAUCCUCGAAAGAUACAAAAUAAUCCUCAGAAUAAAUAUUUCGUUCACCGACGGGCGGAAUCCCAAUCUCUUAAGAAGUUGUUUGAAUGUUGGUUUUUUGCGUCCAGCACAGCCUUGCGCUACUACUUAUCCAUCUUGAACACCGACUCGUCGGCCCCCAAAUCCAACUCCGCAAUACCCAAUCAGCUCCCGCUCGGGCUUUUUUACAACCCGCGCCAAUCAGAAUACGCCUCGAGACAUAACCCGAGACAAAUCGUGAUUUACGGGGCCGACAUGUACCGAGAUGAUUCCCGAGAUCAGUUUUCAGGUGAUGUUGGACCUGACUUUGGUAUAUUAUCCAUCCAUCCAUCCAUCCAUCCAUCCAGCUCACCACAAAUGUCCAAAUUCCAGGUUUUGUUGUCUCAGGUAAUGGAAUGGAAUGUCAUGUAAUCUUCGUAAAUGCACUGACACUGCACUUCAUCUAUCUAUCCAGC